GAUAAUUGUUUGGAACAAUCGACUAAUUUUAAUUAAAAGUGUUUUUCCUUAUUAGUUUGCGUAUAUUAACAUCUAGAGUUUGGGUUAGGGUUUCUUUCACUUCUUCGCUUGUCCACUCGAGGUUUCGGUUUUUGGCUAAAAAUGACAGCCCUAGAGUUGAUUUGUGUUUAAGAAAGUCACAGAAACAUUAUAUAAUUCUAGCUUCAAAAAAAUCUGGAUCUGAUAGUGAGCUGCUAUUUCCAUGAUAAAUCUUUACAGUACUUUGAAUGGCUUUGGUUGUCAUUUGUGGUCAACCAUGCAGCGGGAAGUCAACAGCCGCUCUUUGCCUGUCGGAGGCUCUAAACGACCUAGAAUCUAAACCUAACGUCCGAAUCAUCGACGAAACCUCCUUUCACCUCGACCGUAAUCAAACCUACGCAGAAAUGACCUCAGAAAAAAACUUACGCGGAGUGCUUAGAUCUGAAGUAGAUCGAUCAUUAUCAAAAGACAACAUAAUAAUCGUCGAUUCCCUAAAUAGCAUAAAGGGUUACCGAUACGAGUUAUGGUGUCUUGCACGCGCUGCGGGGAUCAGGCAUUGCGUUCUUUUCACUGACGUUGAAGAAACGCAUUGCCGGAAAUGGAAUACCGAACGCAGGGAGAAAGACGAAAGUUCGUAUAACGACGGGAUUUUCGAAGAUUUAGUACGAAGGUUCGAGAGACCUGACCGAAGGAACCGAUGGGAUUCACCGUUAUUCGAGUUAUGGCCGUUUAAAGACGGAAUAGAAAAAUCGUCUCCGGCUAUUGUAGAUCUUGUAUCGUACGUAACCAAAAAAGUAGACUCGAAGACGCGAGAUGUUAAAAUCUUGCAGCCGACGAUAGCGACACAAAGUGUGCGUUUUUCGGAGGCGAACUCACUUUACGAAAUGGACCGAGCCACACAGGAGGUGACCAGUGCGAUUAUCGAGGCGCAGUCUUUAGCGAUGGGUGGACCCGUGACCGGACUCUCUAUUAGCCAUGACUUGCCGACUAUUAACAUUUCGAGGUCGGUUGGAUUACCCGAGCUUCGGAGGCUAAGAAAGACGUUCAUAAAGUUGACUGGUCAAUCGAGCUUAAGCGGGCCCCCACCGCCUUCGGAUGCUGACAGUGCAAAGAGAAUGUUUAUUGACUAUUUGAACAGAGAAUUUGGAAGUGAAUGAAGAAUUAAAUUGUCUAUUAAGAAUGAUUUUUGAAUGUAAUUUCUUAAGCUUUUAUUGUUAUAUUUUUGAAUGAAAUUUUUUUUUUUUAUAUA